AUGGGUGUCCUUUCUGUCAAGCACAAGGAAGUCCAAAUGAGGUUUUAUGAAAAACUUCUUCUCAGCCUGGAUGCAAUGGGAAACAUUAAGGAAGUUCUUGGCAACAGGAAGAAAGAGAUGACAAGUUGGGUCAUUUCCCGGGGAGAACCUGGAGUUCCUGACAUCCUCACUAAACCCAACAUCUUGUUUCCCAGGUGGCACCUUUGUUCCUGCAACUGCAUCCUGCUUCUGAUGAAAAGAAGUUGGGAUCAGGUGUCCAGGGCAGACAGUGAUGUAAAUAAAGAUCCAGUUGCCAUCAAACAGAUGAAUUUGCAGCAGCAGCCCAAAAAAGAACUGAUUAUCAGUGAAAUCCUGGUAAUGAGGGAAAACAAAAACCCCAACAUCGUCAACUACUUGGACAGUCACCCUUUCUCUGGGUCAUCAUGGCAGGAGGCAGGAGGCUCCCUAACAGAUGUUGUGACAGAGACCUGCAUGGACGAAGGACAAAUCGCAGCUGUGUGCCGGGAAUUUGCUUUUCCAGCUGACUUUGGCUUCUGUGCCCAGAUCACUCCUGAGCAGAGCAAGCGCAGCACCAUGGUGGGGACCCCGUACUGGAUGGCGCCUGAAGUGGUGACACGGAAAGCCUAUGGACCCAAAGUGGAUAUCUGGUCACUGGGGAUAAUGGCCAUCGAGAUGAUCGAAGGAGAACCCCCCUACCUCAACGAGAACCCCCUGAGAGCCCUGUAUCUCAUUGCCACUAACGGGACUCCAGAACUGCAGACCCCAGAAAAGCUUUCACCCAUAUUCCGAGACUUCCUAAAUCGCUGUCUUGAAAUGGACGUGGAAAAAAGAGGUUCUGCAAAAGAGCUGCUACAGCACCAGUUCCUGAAAAUUGCAAAGCCUCUUUCUAGUCUCUCUUGUCUGAUUAUUGCUGCUAAAGAAGCAGCAAAGAACAGCCAUUAAAGCAGGGGAGUCAGCACAGCCGUCAUGUCAAGCCCUUUCGACGUCCCUGUCAGAAACCGAAUUACCUGUCCCUGUCCCCUCCUGCUCCUCCUUCACAGGGGUGUUCUUAAAACUUUGAUCUGCCCUGAAGAGUAAGAGACGUAUUGUUUGCUGAACAUGGGAGGGCACGCAACAGGAACGUCGCUGAUCUUGCGUAGUGAACUGUCUUUCCAUCCGCCUUGAUGGGCACGGUAGGGGAAGGGUAUAUUUUAUGGCUGGGAAGAUCUUCUGAGAACAUCUGAACCUGACCUACACGUAGCAAAGCCAGUUGGUUCUUGUAUUUCUUACUGUGUUUAUUUUUAAAGAUAAUGUGGAGCCUUUAGACCACGUUUAUCUUAAUAAAUUAAAUCUUUUUCUGGCUGGACUCCUCCUGCUUCUGCCAGGCUGCUCUUACACCACUGAGGCUGCUCUCUGCUUUGGAUGACUUGAGGAGGGAAGGAAGCAGGCAGCAGCAAUCGGAACAGCUAAAACAACUGGAAGGGGAACGAGGGCAGGACCAUGCAGCCCUCCUCCAGUACUGCUGGAUGCUUCGAGGGAGAAAGGAGAAAGCCUGUGUGUUCUUCUGUCAGCUGUUCAACAGCUCAUGAUCUUUUUGCCAAAUUGUGUGAAUCAAGGUCCUUCCCCCCACACUUUACUUUCAACUCAACUAAUUAAAAAGCUAUCAAAUAGUUCUGAUACUCUAGAAAAAAAUCACAGGAAAAAUCAACUGGGCUUUCUUUUAGGGUUAUUUUGUUAGUUCUGUCUGGCCUCAUGGAGACCUGCCCUGCACGAUAAAGCAAACAGAACAAUUACUGUUAUAAAGAUAA